AGUUGCACACGCGACAGUCACUCACAGCGUCCUUCAGUAACGGACAUAUACAUUUUUUUUUAUAUAUAUAUUUUAAACGUUUUUGAGCAUUAGAUGUGGCUGUAAAAUAUAAUUUUCAUUAUGUCGAGCAGGAGUCUUUGUCAAGUUAUUCAGCGCGGUUUUGCUUCUGCCACAGCGGCUGUGCGUCCGAUGAAUGCUGAGAUCUACUGCCAUCGUAACACUGUUUUCUCCAGAGAACAGUCCAGACAAAGAGCUCUUUACCCUCGCAUCGAGAAGAUUGAGGUGGCCAUGCAGGGUCCAGGGUUGGAGGGCACCGUGCUGAUCAUGAACAAAGGGAUGUCCACACCACUGAGCUGUGCCAAACACUUGACAGAGCAUCAUGUGACCAACUCGGCUCUGGCCCUGGUGGACGGGGAGCCGUGGCCGCUCCACCAGCCCCUCACCCACUCUUGCUCGAUGACUCUGCUCACAUUCAAAGACAGUGACCCAACACUGGUCAACCAGACCUACUGGCGUUCCUGUGCUGCUCUGCUGGGUCAGGUGCUGGAGACGGCCUUCAAAGAUGAAUUUACUGUGGAGCUGCUCAGAAGCACAGAGGUGCCAGUCACUGCUGGAGCCUUCUGCUGUGAUGUCGUACUUGACCCUCAGCUGGACUCGUGGACUCCCACAGAGGAAUCCUUGCGUUCUCUGACACGAGGGGCCCAUCAGCUGAUCUCGCAGGACCUGCCAUGGGAGCCUCUGGAGGUGGCGCUAUCUGUGGCCCUGGAGGUCUUUUCACACAGCAGGUUUAAACAAGAAGAGGUGGAAGAGAAGGCAGCACAAAGUCCCAGCGGCACAGUAACGCUCUACAGAUGUGGUGACCAUGUGCUUUUGAGUGGGGGCCCCCUUGUGGCCAGGACGGGUUUGUGCAACCAGUACGAAGUGACGGCAGUGCACAGCCUGGGACGGAGUCCCAUGGGUCUGUGUCGCCGUGCUCAGGGCGUGUCUCUGCCUGUGCAGCUGCAGGGUCAUCACACCGUCUGGAGGAAGUUGAGGCAGAGGGCAGAGAAACUGGUUGACAUCCAGAGGCCAGUGGAAGUGGCUCCGCCCUCUCCUCCUCCCACCAGCCAGUAACCACAAAUUUUGUUCAAUAAAUCUGUAAAAA